CCAAAAGUAAGACAUGGGCUUUCUCCACAAGGCGCUUUCCUCUUCUCACUUGGGCUAUAUUUUGCAGAUCCGCGCCCUUUCAUCUCCCUCCUUUACUAAUUUACUUCCAAUUACUUUACUUCUUACAACAAGUUCGAGUUUCUUUCAGCUGUUUUUCUCCUCCCUUCUGAUUUUUUGAGCUCGAAGGGAAGAACAAGCUCGGUCAGUUUGAAUUAGUUUGCAAAAAUGGAUUAUGGGCUUUCAAUAGAUUGCCAUUAUGUUCAUCUUCAUAGGAAAUGAAUCUGGGGUUUGGAAAGUUGUUUUCAUUUUCUCUUUACUAGAUCGAAAAUCGAACACCCUUUGAGGGAUUUAGGGUUUUUCUUCUUCGUUUUUUGUGGAUCUAGCGAAGAUGAUUCAGUUAUUGUUCUUAGUUCUUUUUGCUGAGGGAGUGGUAGCAUUUCUGUUGCUAGUAAAGAUUGGGCUACUCAGAGAGUUUGUGAUUAAGAGUUUAGAUCAGCUGAAAAUGGGGAAGGGUCCAGCAACUGUUAGAACAAUUGCUGCUACCAUGUCUGUCAUUCUCUUGUCCAGUCUUAUGAACAUUGUUAAGAUCCAGAACAAAGGUGCAAAGCUUGGGACGAUGUCGCCCAUGGAUCAGGUUCUUUGGAGGACACAAUUGCUUGAGGCUUCUCUCAUUGGUUUUACCUUAUUCCUCGGGUUCAUAAUCGAUCGCAUGCACCAUUAUUUUCAAAAGCUUAUUGGAUUACGAGAGAACAUCGGAACUUCAAAAGAGGAAGUAGAAAAGUUAGAAAAGGAGAAGAGAGAGCUAGCAGAAAAAGAGGAGAAAUGUUCAAAGCAAAUAAAAGAACUGAGAGAACAAAUAUCAAGUUUAUCGGAAAAAAUGAAGAAACUAAAGAAGGAAUGUGAAGAAAAAGAUAAGAGGAUUGAAACUGCUGAUGCCCAUGUUACUUCCCUCCAGAAACAAGCUGCAGAUCUCCUUCUCGAGUACGAUCGUCUGCUCGAAGACAACCAAAAUCUUCAAAAUCAAACGUUAGGAGGGUAUAAGAAGUGAGGAAUUUUGCAGGAUAAUCUGUCACUUAAAUGAACAGAUUAUGAGUUUCAUUGAUUGGAGAGUGAUAAAUGGGAGCUGGGAGAUUCUAUUGAUUACUGUCAUUGUUCAAAGGUACCUUUUGUGAUUCCAAGAACAUCAAUUUCCCAUCUUUUUCAAUGUCUUCUUAAAUGGAAAAUCCUACUUUUACCCCCAUUGAA